AUGAGGAGGAAGGGUCCCGGGCCGGUCAUGGGGGGGUCCCGUUGCAGGCGUCCCGCCUCUUAUUUCUGGGAGCUGGUGGCUUGUUUCGUUGCCUACGUCUUGUUCGGCGCCUUCGUCUUCUCGGCCAUGGAGCUGCCCCGGGAGGUGCAGCUGAGGAGGGAGCUGGAGGGCUUGAAGGCGGCCUUCCUGCGGGGACACCGGUGUGUGGAGGGCAGGGAGCUGGAGGCGCUGCUGCAGCGGCUGGUGGGAGCCUCCAGCUCCGGCAUCUCCCCCACCGGCAACGAGUCGCACGGCCACAACUGGGACCUCGCCUCCUCCGUCUUCUUCGUGGUCACCGUGCUCACCACCACGGGUUACGGACAGAGUGUCCCCCUCACCAAGGAGGGUAAGAGCUUCUGCAUGCUGUACACCCUGCUGGGGAUCCCCGUCACCUUGCUGCUGCUCAGCGCCCUGGUGCAGCGGCUGAUGUUCUACGUCCAGCAGGUGCCCACGGCCCACCUCCACCGCCGGUGGGGUCUCUCCCCGCAGCUGGCGGCCCGCGUCCAUGCCCUGGCGCUGGGGGCCGCCGUCGCCAGCUGCUUCUUCCUGCUCCCUGCCGUGGCCUUCAUGAACCUGGAGGAGGACUGGAGCUACCUGGAGUCUCUCUACUUCUGCUUCAUCUCCCUCAGCACCAUCGGCCUGGGGGACCUCGUCCCUGGGACGUCCCGCUAUCCCAGCCUCCGGCACCUCUACAGGAUCGGCGUCUCGUGCUACCUGAUCGUCGGACUGAUCGCUCUGCUGGUCGUUCUGGAGACUUUCUACGGACUGCGGGAGGUGCAGCUGUUCAUGCACCUCUUUGUGAGCCGGGAAGACCAGGAGGCGCGCCUGGGUUUCAGAGAGGAUGAGGAGACCAUCGCCCUGUCCAAGCCAGGACCGUCUGAGCAUCGCUGA